GGAGGUGCAAGCGGCCCAUGAAUAGGCCCAUAGUGCAAAGAUAUAUGAAAAGGGAAAGUUAGGGUUUAUAGCGAAAAAAAAGAAGGUAACCAAGAGAUAACUGUGUGGGAUUGUUGGCCGAGCCUCCAUUGCCUCUCUUCAACCUUCUGAUAAUGAUCAUUCCGGAGAAGAACCGUAAGGAGAUCUGCAAAUACCUCUUCCAAGAGGGAGUUUGCUAUGCGAAGAAGGACUUCAAUUUGGCGAAGCACCCUGAGAUUGAUGUGCCUAAUUUGCAGGUGAUUAAGCUGAUGCAAAGCUUCAAGUCCCGCGAGUACGUGAGGGAGACCUUUGCUUGGAUGCAUUAUUACUGGUUCCUCACCAAUGAUGGCAUCGAGUUUCUCAGAACUUACCUUAACCUUCCUUCCGAAAUUGUCCCUGCCACUUUGAAGAAACAGGCCAAGCCACCUGGCAGACCCUUUGGUGGCCCAUCCGGUGAUCGCCCUAGGGGUCCACCUCGCUUUGAAGGCGAGCGGAGGUUUGGUGGUGAUCGUGACGGAUAUCGUGGAGGUCCCCGGGGACCUGGUGGAGACUUUGGAGGAGAUAAAGGAGGAGCUCCUGCUGACUACAGGCCCUCUUUUGGGGGAUCUGGAGGAAGGCCUGGCUUUGGUCGUGGAUCUGGUGGUUUUGGGGCGCCAACCAGCUCAAAUAUUCCUUAAGUAUUAUGUUUUGUGCUUUAUUUUUUGCUUAGUUUUCUAGAAUAUUGCCCUCUCCUAUAGAUUGUUUUAUGGGCUUGACAAUUACUUUAUAUCCAGUUUUACUUUCACUGAA